AUGCCAGAAAGGUACGAAGCGUCUAUUGCCUCAUUGGAGAAUACAAAGAAUCUAUCCAAGAUUACUUUGGCAGAGGUGUUACACGCUUUGGAAGCCCAAGAACAGCGUAGGCUAAUGAGAGAAGAUCAUGUGGUUGAAGGUGCACUCCCUGUCAAGCAUCAUGAUGUCAGAACCAGUAAAAAGAAAAUUUUCAAAAGGUUCCAACCAGCAAGCAGUGAAAAUGGUGCUCUUAAUAAAAAACAAGGUAAGGGUAAAAAGAAAAAUUAUCCACUUUGCCAACAUUGCGGAAAAUUGGGUCAUCCACCAUUUCGUUGCUGGAAAAGACCUGAUGCAAGGUGCAGUAAGUGUAAUCGGAUCGGUCAUGAAGCUGUUAUUUGCAAAGCAAAUGUCCAACAAGAAGCUAAAGGUGAUGCACAAAACGCACAAGAAAAUGAAGACCAACUUUUUGCUGCUACCUGUUUCUUCAGCAGCAGUUCAAAUGAAUCUUGGUUGACUGAUAACGGCUGCACAAACCACAUGACCUAUGACAAAGAAUUGUUCAAGUGUUUGGACAUUACUGAAGUCAAAUGGGUCAGAAUUGGAAACGGUGAACAACUUCCAGUAAAAGGCAAGGGUUCAAUAGCUAUAACAACUCACAUAGAUACAAAAACCCUCUCUGAUGUCUUAUAUGUACCUAAAAUUAAUCAAAACUUGCUUAGUGUCGGACAGUUACUAGAGAAAGGGUUCAAAGUUAUCUUUGAAGAUAAAGUCUGCACAAUUAAAGAUCCAACCGGCCUUGAAAUGUUUAAAGUCAAGAUGAGGAGCAAGAGUUUCUCAUUUAAUCCAAUGAAGGAGGAGCAGAUUGCAUUUCAGUAA